AUGACAGCAAGCUCUGGCUCUGCAAAGUGCUUGGGAAAACAAGCUAGUAAGAAAAUCCAUCUGGUGUUUGUUGGGCGAAGGCUUGGAGACGCAGAGAUCGUGUAUGCGGCAACUGCCAAGGCAGAGAAAGAGCUCAAAUGGAAGUUCAACAUGGCAUCGCUCGAUCCUAACGAGAAUAAUAUGAAAUCUUGCAGGGCAAAGUACGGGGCGGAGGAGAUGUGUACAGAUAUGUGGAAUUGGGCAAGCAAGAACCCCUACGGCUAUGCUAGAUCACCAUACAAGAGCAACAUAAUCACUCAUCCAUCCAUCCCGCAGUAG